UCUCAGGUGCGCACGCGUUAGCCCGGAGGUUCCGUUGAUCCCGUCGAGUGCAUAGAAAACGUGGAGUGACCCGCUCACCUGUUCAAAACAGAUUUCGUCGAUCAACGUAGAAAAUUUUCAAUUGCUUAUCCGUGCUUCUGAGCUCACUAGCAGCACGUUGAUAAGAUGAGGAGAGAACAGUUGCAAGCCUUCGUCAAGGAGAAUCUUUUAACUUUCCUUACGAUCGGUGGCGUCAUCAUAGGAAUUGGGCUCGGAAUUGGUUUACGGGAAGUGCCAGCCGAGGGCGAAAAAUGGUCUCCGCGGGAUGUGGCAUAUAUCAACUUCAUUGGAGAUAUCUUCCUCCGAAUGCUCAAGGCGCUGAUCUUGCCUUUGAUAGUGACAUCUCUCAUAGCUGCGGUCGGUUCACUAGAUUUGUCCUUAUCCGGGAAAAUCGGAGGCCGUGCAGUGCUCUACUACGUAGUGACAACAAUAAUAGCGGUUAUCUUGGGAAUUGUGCUAGUUGUCACUAUCCAGCCUGGUAAAGGUGCCGAGGAAACCAGUGGAUCUGUGAAAGGUGAAGUACGAAACGUUACAACGGCUGAUACCCUACUGGAUUUGGUUCGAAAUAUGUUUCCACCGAAUCUGGUACAGGCCUGUUUGCAGCAAUACCAGACCGUGCUGACACCACCUAAGACAAACCCAAAUGAAUCUGAUCUGGAUCUCUGGUCCGUUGGGGGGAAGUUUGUCGAUGGAAUGAAUAUCAUCGGUUUGGUGGUAGCUUCUAUCGUCUUUGGUAUUGCGCUCGGAGCAUUGAAAGAAGACGUCCAUUUGGUGUUGAAAUUCUUCCAGCAAUUGUCGCAUACAAUAAUGAAGAUCACUGGAUGGGUAAUAUGGCUUUCUCCUAUUGGAGUACUGUUCCUAAUUACGGCCAAGCUGUUGGAAAUGGAUGAUCUUGGUGAAAUAUUUGGCAAGUUGGGCCUGUACUUUGCCGUUGUUGCUGGAGGAAUCGUUUUCCACGGAUUUGUGAUACUGCCUUCAUUGUUUUUCCUGUUUACUCGUAAGAACCCGGUUCGGUUUGUUGCCAACAUGGGACAGGCGAUUGCUACCGCGUUCGGAACAUCCUCCAGUUCGGCUACUCUACCCGUGACGAUGCAAUGUCUUGAGGAAAAGAAUCACGUCGAUCCACGUGUAGCGCGGUUCGUGCUGCCGAUCGGAGCUACUAUCAAUAUGGAUGGUACUGCUUUGUAUGAAGCUGUGGCAGCCAUUUUCAUUGCGCAGUUAAGAGGACUUUCGCUAUCUUUCGGAAACAUUGUAGCGAUCAGUAUAACAGCGACGGCAGCUAGUAUCGGUGCGGCUGGCAUUCCACAAGCCGGUUUAGUUACCUUGGUGAUGGUAUUGGACACAGUCGGGCUCCCAGCCGAGGAUGUAUCCUUGAUUAUUGCAGUAGAUUGGUUAUUAGACCGGUUCCGUACAGUAGUGAACGUACUAGGAGACAGUUUUGGGGCAGCCAUCGUGGCUCAUUACAGCCAGAAGGAACUAGCAACGAUUCCGUCCAAUGAGAUCAACGGGAAAGUACACCGGAAUUCUAUGGCACACAGUGCCGAAACAGUAUUAUUCGAAGAGAGGCUUUGAGAUGCGGCUUGUAACGUACGAUCUAUUUUUAAUCGUAGUAAAUAUACAUAUAGCACACAUUUACGGAUAACUCUCACUAAGACUAACUCAUUCAGUAUGGAAGCGAUGCUUGACCAUGUCAUGUGAAUUAGGAUGCUUAAUUUUGAAAAAAAAGUGUUACUACUUAUUACAAUUAACAACGUCUUAGGUCCUUCCGCGCCCGAUCAUAAAGGCUUAAGAGGUCGUAUUUGAAGUUUAUAUUAUUGAACUUUACUUAUAUCACUCUAACUUUGCUGCUGGUUGCCACGAAAAUGACCAACAAGCUUGUUGUUGUUGUGAUGAGAUUGGUGUGUUAGUGUAUGGUACAUAUUCACCUAUAAAAUAAACCUACUUUUUCACAUUUCUAUCUUUCUUGAAAUGCUGCCAAACUUACCGUAACAACAACAACAAAGCCUGUACAACAAGCCGUUGGUCAUUGUCAUAGCAGCCACAUAUUCAUAUUUUUUUUUCCAGAAUUUGAACAACUAGAACUAGAAGCGAUAUAAGUGAAAUUUAAAAUUCUUCUAUAGUAAUUCCUAUUCAAAACUCAAUCCAUUUGCGCAACCUCCAAACCUUCAUCAAUAUUUACCUUUUUUGCAGGUACUCAUAUUAUGAAUCAAACUGGAGGGUGGCCGUAAAGAAAUCUAACACUUAAUUCAAAAUGAAGCACCCUAAUGUGGAUGUGCACUACCCAAGUAACAUUGCAAGUUUUAUCGAGGUUUUAAAGCAUGCUACAAGUCUAAAUCAUGGUCUACAGAACCCUCAUAAAACCAAAAUUGUUUCUUGGGUACAUCCGAAGAAAGAAGCUAUUGUACUUGUAAGUGAUUAAAACUAUUUUAUUUAACCGUGAAAAACGGUUUUCAUGUUGUAGCUAUUAAAUCAUGUUACUUUGUGAUAUUGAUUUGACUACGUAAAAAAAUGUAAUGAAAUUAUUUUGAAUACCUUCUCUGUUAAUAAACUGUUAUCCUCAAUACUUUAGGCAUAAAACGAUAAUGUUGAAGUUAGUUUUAUUUACCAAUAAACUUUUUUAAGAGGAUAUCUGGCUCCAGCGAUCCACUAUUUAAUGGUAGUACUUAAAAACAACCCAAAAAAGAAUUGCGCACAGACAAAAAAAUAAAACUAUAUAGAGGAUAUGCUCAACAACAUGUUGCGGAUUAUUGUAAAACGUAUAGUUGCCACACCGAGAGGUCUAUAAAUAUAUUUGUUAAACGAUUUUCCAAGCUAUAACGGGUACAAAAAAUAUUAUUGAGAACCUUAUCCAUAAGUGUCGGCCUAAGUCGGGUAACAGUUUUGGACAACUUCCUCCCUGGUCACCUCCAAAGACCGAUAUGAAGAACGUUACCUCGGGCUGAUAAGAAGAGCGUUACUUCGGGACCGAUAAGAAGAGCUUAAUCCGUGGCCGAAUCGCCGCUCAACCACCAUCGAAUAACAGAAGCAGAAAAUCAACAUUGCGAACGGACGCACUACUACAUCGUUGUCAGCAGCUUUCAGAGGCGAGCGUUAUAAA